ACGAGAGCGCCAAAUCAAGAGAUGAUUUUGAACCCGACGUGCUGCUGAUUGGAAUGAAUGAGCAUGAGAAAGGGAGAGAGUAUUAUAUAACGGUCGGAAAAAGUGAGGGAGGGAGGGAGUUGUUUGCGUGCAACAUGUUAUAUGCAUAUGGGCUGUUGUAGGAGGUGAACAAGCAUAUAAUUGAACAAAGAAAAAAGGUGGAAAAUGGCGGAUGAUAUGUCAUCGUCGUCGGCGAUUGUGUCGCGGAGAGUUGGGGAAUUUAUAAGGAAGGAGGUGGCUGAUUGGGACGAUGUGGUGAUGGCCACUGCAAGAUUCAAGGCGUUUAGUGGACAGAGGUCCGAUUGGGAGCCCAGGUACACUUUCUGGAGAGAUUUGAUCCUUAAGGUCGCCACCCACCUCGGCAUCUUCCGCCUUCAUCCUUCCCAGAUAAGAAACAUUUGGUUCAAUCGAGGAGGCCUCGCUCCUUUAUGCCUUGACCGCGUCUUGCUUGAAAUGUAUAAUGCUGGUGAUAUUCUAAAAAGAAAUGAUUUUUCUGAUCCAACAAGUGGACGACUCUUCCAAAUUUUCAAAAGGGCAGUGCAUCUAGUGGGUUUAUCCAGAUCAUCAAGUCAAAUAGACAUCAUGGAUGACCAUCUCAUUCUCUUGCCGCUAUUGAAGGCUAAAGCUGCUGAAGUUGUCAAACUUAUAUCUGAAACUCAAUGGACUUCUUCAUGCAUCAUUACAAUGAAGAAGUUCCAAGAAAUUUGUGGAGGUUCUGAGGAAGCAUCUGUCAUUUUGAGUUACUUGUCAAGAUCCAAAAAAAUGCAGUAUCUUGCAAUCAACAAGAGUGAAUUGUUGGAGGGUGUGAAAGUCUCUCUCUCGCCAGAAGCAGUUUCUAGAAUCACAAGUCUGGAUUAUGAUGUUCUGCAUUUGAUUUCUACAGCAGAAAAACUUAAACUACAGCUUGAUGUGGUCAACAAACGUUGGGAAAUGUCAAGAAAAUUAGCUUUAGCUUCUCUACAAUCUGAGAACAGAAAAAUUGCUUUGAAACAUGCAAGGGAAUUAAAGUUAGCCUCUGAAAGUAGAGAAAAAUGCACUGCACUCCUGAACCGAGUGGAGGAAGUCCUCAGAAUCCUUGAGGACGCUGAAUCUUCAAAAAAGGUGUCUGAAGCCAUCCAAAUUGGUGCACAAGCAAUGAAGGAAAACAGGAUCAAUGUGGAAGAGAUUCAUCACUGUCUGCAAGACCUUGAGGAGAGCAUUGAAUCGCAGAGGCUGGUCGAGAAUGCCCUAGAAUCAACUUCAUUAUACACAGGAGUGGAAGAUGAAGAGGUAGAAGAUGAGUUAAAUAAGCUGGAGUUGGAAGUGGGGAGUGUUUCCUCCACAUCCGAAGUUGCGGCCAAUGGUGCAAGGAGGGUAGAAGAAACAGAGGAUCAGGAGAUUGCAGGAUCAAUGCUAAAUGAUGCCUUGUCCAAUCUUAGCCUUGUGGAUGAUGAUUCUGUGGACCCUACCAGAAGUAAUUUAUCAAAAAGUGUUCAACUUGAAGCUCAGUAGCCAGAUGAUACUUUUGGUUUUAGAAAACCCAUGAAUCAGACCCUAUCAGAUUUGCUAACAGCUUGACUUUAGAACUAUAUGUGUUUAUGACAAAAAGAAAAACAACAUAUAUAGGAAACAGAGCACUUUGUCAUUCCUAAUGUAAAAAAUGUUGUGUGUGUG